GCUAUUAUAUAGGGCCAGAAAAACAGUGAUUGUACGCCACUCGUCAAACUGAAUAGUUGGUUGAUUUAAUACGUCGAAAUGGAGGCAGAAGAAUUUCGUCGCUGUGGAAAGCAAAUGGUUGAUUUUGUAGCAGACUACAUCUCCAACAUCCGGGAUCGACGAGUGGUUCCUGAUGUUCACCCGGGCUACAUCCUAGAACUCAUCCCUGAUCAGGCCCCUGAUGAAGGGGAAUCCUGGGAAGAAGUUUUUAAAGAUAUUGAACGAGUUAUAAUGCCAGGCGCUUCUAGUCCGGCUUGCACUGAACUGGAAAUGGUGAUGCUAGACUGGUUGGGAAAGAUGCUUCAGCUGCCAGAAGUGUUUUUAUUCUCUUCGAAGGGACUAGGAGGAGGAGUGAUUCAGGGUACAGCUAGCGAGGCAACAUUGGUCGCAUUGCUUUCUGCUCGAAACAAAAUUUUGUCAACUUUCAAAACCGAAAACAAAGUUGGUGGAACCAUGGAAAAACUUAUUUGCUAUGCAUCAGUUCAGGCCCAUUCUUCAGUGGAAAAGGCCGGGAUGCUGGGAGGAGUAAAGUUUUGCCCUUUACCAGUUGAUAACAAUUUGAGUCUUAGAGGUGAUGUUCUCCAAUCAGCUAUUGAAAAAGAUAGAGCCAAGGGGGACAUUCCAUUUCUGGUUGUGGGAACUCUAGGAACAACUAAUUCAUGUGCUUUCGAUAACAUCAAAGAACUAGGAGAAGUGUGUUCGAAGGAAAACAUCUGGUUCCAUAUCGAUGCUGCAUAUGCUGGUUCUGCGUUUAUCUGUCCUGAAUUCAGGCAUCUUUUGGAUGGCGUAGAAAAGGCAGAUUCCUUCACUAUGAACCCUCAUAAGUGGAUGAUGGUCAACUUUGACUGUUCCGCCAUGUGGAUAAAGAACAGACAUGAUCUUGUUGAAGCCUUCAAUGUGAAUCCAAUUUACUUAAAACAUGAUAAAGAGGGACAAAUUCCAGACUACAGGCAUUGGCAGAUUCCACUAGGAAGGAGGUUUCGAUCGUUGAAGAUGUGGUUUGUAUUUCGAAUGUUUGGUGUCAAAGGCUUACAAGCUCACAUUCAGAAGCACGUUGGUUUGGCCCAUGAAUUUGAAGAACUAGUCACAAAGGACCAAAGAUUUGAAAUCGUAUUUCCUGUUAUUUUAGGACUGGUUUGUUUUAGAUUAAAGGGCUCGGACACUCUGAAUGAAGAAGUCUUACGUCUGAUCAACGAACGAGGAAAGAUUACCCUAACACCAACUCGAUUUAAGGAAAUGUUUGUCAUCAGAUUUGCUGUCUGUUCUAAGAACACGGAAAGCGCAGAUAUACAGUAUGCCUGGCAAGAGAUCUGUUACAUUUCUACUCAAGUACUACUUGAAGGGAAGUUGUGAGAAAAGAGAAGCAUUACUUCCAAUGUAAACGUUAUCAUUGUCAUUAAAUAACCUUGUCUGUGUUAAUAAAUGUUUCGCAUGAAAAAUACGUCUAUAA